AUGCGGGAUGUUUUGACUAUGCUGGCCAGUCGUUCGGUCAUAAAGGCAAGACUUGCCCAUCGCCUGAGUCUUCCAGGGCUGUGGAAGUUCUCGUUCGAGACAACGUCGUCUUAUGACUUGAGACGACCAAAGAAGAUGGAGGAGGUCAUUGCGAGAAAGAUUGAUAUUAUUUGGGGCUUUCUGCCAUAUGAGAUUUGUCUCAUGAUUGCCCCGUAUCUAGUUCGGGAAUAUUCUAUCGGCAGACUUCACGCGCUAUGGCCUAGCAGUCGCCGGGCUGUAAGUGCCAAUCAGCAAUUGGAGACCUCGAGGACGAUCUGGGCUCGGUAUAUUGAUAUUGGGGGUGUUGAGUAUGUCUAUGAUCUGUCGAACAAGAAAGAGGAGCAUCAUCCCAAAGUGUUUGAUCCAGCCACGACGUUUGAUGCUGAUGCUCUAAGGGGCAUGGUGGAGGGUUUUAUCGCCAUUCCCUCCGACACUGGCGAUAGAGGCCUCAAAGUUCGAACAAUUCGCACGGCUUCUUCGUCCAGCAUUACACAUGAUCUUUGGCCGGUGCCCAUCCAUCUCGAGGAGAUCGCUUCGCUUAAGAUCCAUAACUUGACUGAACCCAAAUCCGAAAGGCCACAAGAGGAGAUUGUCCGGAUACUUCCUUCCCAAAUCAACGGACCAGAUGUUAAUGGGUACUCCUUCAGCUGGUCAGGCGAAUUUAUCUUCCUUCACACGCAUCACAAGGGGGAAGAUGUCCCAGUCAAUAUGUACAGGGAAUGCAGACAAAUGUUUGACUUUCCUGUCUGAACUCAUGUUCCACUCGACCCGACGAACUUAUCACCAGCAUUUGGAUGCGAUAUUCCUGUGAUAAGAUCGACUCUUGUCUCUGGAUCCAAACCAGUAAAGAAAUAGAAUAUAUCAUCGGACCACCUAUGACCACCAACACUCAAAUUGGUCGAGAAUUGUCGGCCCACUCAAUGAAAAUCGCCCAGUCCACGCCUCCUUCGCCCUCUCCCGCACCGGCAUAAAACACCUCGCCACACCAAAAUCCAGCACGCUAACCCACGGCCCUUGAUCCCACCGCCAACCUCCCUACUCAACGGCAUUCAUCCGGAUGACCCCGAAAACGAAUUCUCUCACUGGCUUGGAAACGGCGCGGCCUUUGCCAACCUCGCAGAGGUAAUCCCCUACCGAUUCCCGCCAGGCCCUACCUGUGACCCAUUGGACUCCCAAAUCCAAGGCCUCGGUCUGGCCUACCUCAACGGCAGAAGAGCUCACGUCGGCCAAACCCGUCUUCAUCUUGCUACAACACCGACUAAUGUCCGGAAUGUGAGCUCUGUUCACCUCGCUGUUCACAAGAGAACAGACGUGCUAGGUCUGCUACGUGACUGAUCUUUGGGUCGCUCCCCCCUCUCUGGAUGAGAGGGAAUCUGCCUGGCGAUGGAUCGAUAUCGAUCUUUCGAAUGAGGAGGAGAAGCU